AUGUCGCAUGCGUAUACCCAGGCGGGAAAGGUGCUGCAGAUGGUCCAUGCCCAUAAGGUCUCUCUCAAGAAUGCUCUCCUCACUACGGGUGACAAGCCCGCCACGCUCCGCAAGGUCUAUGCCCUCGUCUUUGAGACGCUCAAGUGGAAGUCGGUGCUGGCCUCGGUGGUGGCUGCUGUGCCCGAGGUGGCUCGCGCAAGCAUGUUCAAGAACGAGCGCUCGCGAUGGGUGGCGUACGUCGCGCUGUACGAUUUACUGUUUGGGAAGAAGAAGAUCGAGGGCGGGGGCAAGGUGAAGAAGCUGCUGAUGGGCUCAAAGUCUCGCCUCUCGACCGCGCUGGCCCGCAUCAAGAUCAAAGCCAAGGCCAAGUCCGACAUCGACCUGCUCCCGGAGCACAUCCGGUGCAUGCCGCUCAUUCCGCGCUACGCCCGCGUCAACACCCUAAUCGCCUCGGUCGACCUCGUUCUCGAGCACUACACCACUCUUGCUGUCGACCCCUUUGUUGAGGUGAGCCUCGACGUCGCCAUGGCAGCCUGGAUGGCCAAGAGCGACGAGGGCAAGCGCAUGGUCGCUCGCGAUGACAUCCUCAGCGACAUGCUCGUCUACCUCGGUGGUGGCAUCAUCCUGCAGGACAAGGCCUCGUGCUUCCCGGCGGCUCUGCUAGCGCCGCCGCCGCACGCCUCGGUCAUCGACGCUUGCGCCGCUCCAGGCAACAAGACCUCGCAUCUCGUUGCCCGCAUGGGCGGCGACGGCCGCGUCAUUGCCUUUGACAAGUCGCGUACCCGCAUGGCCACGCUCCGCAAGCUCACUGCCCGUGCCCACGCCGCAGAUACCAUUGACUCGCGUGUGGGCAACUUUCUAGAGGCCUCACUCACAGACCCGGACCUUGCCGCUGUUACCCAUCUGCUCGUCGAUCCGUCGUGCUCCGGCUCGGGCAUCGUCUCGCGCCAGGACGCACUCGUCGGCCCGCUCACCACCGACAAGCCGCGCCGCAAGCCAGUCCCCGGCCCGAAAGGCGCUGGUGACGAUAGUGACGACGAUAGUGACGAGGAGGAGGGCACAGACCCGGGUGUCCAGGAGGCUGGCCACAUCGAUGUCGUCGCCUCUACCGCGCACGAAGACGACAACGAGGGCCAGCGCCGCCUCGAGGCCCUCGCCGCCUUUCAGAUCGAGGCCAUGCAGCAUGCCAUGUCGUUCCCGGCUGCACGCCGCAUCACCUACUCCACCUGCUCCAUCCACGUGACAGAGAACGAGGCCGUUGUCCACACUCUGCUCGAGUGGGGCGCGUCCCGCGGCUGGCGGCUCGCAGAGCCUGAUGGCGAGCUCGCCGCCUGGGCGCGCCGCGGCGACCCCAACGCCUGGCGCGCCUGCCCUGUUGCCACCGCUGCCGCCGCCACCGCCACCGCAGCUGGCUCUGCCUCCUCGCAGGCAUCUCUUUCCGGAGCUGAUCUCCUCGCCCAGCUGAUGGGAACCUCGUCGGCUCCCGCUUCCAAACCCGCCGCGCCCACCUCGGCCGCGCCCUUGCCCGCCUCCACCGGCUGCUCGCUCUGCGACGACAUCGCCGCUCGGGUCAUUCGCACCGACCCCGCCGCUGACCACACUAUCGGCUUCUUUGUCGCCCUCUUUGAGCGUGACGAUCCUGAUCCCUCCGCAUCGGCAGCCCGCAAGCGCAAGCGCCAGUCCGAGCCCAUCCCCGUCCCCGCCAACCCGCCGCAGGCGAACAAGAUCGAGCCGUCCACCAAGAAGCAGAAGAGCAAUAUCAAGGGCCAGGCUAAGGGCAAGAGCAAGGGAAAGGCAAAGAAGAUCAAGAACAAGCAGAACGUGUUGUAA